CGAGCCGCCGCGCAAGAAGCGGCCCAGAGAGACACUCAAUGGCAUUGGCGCUUCCAGCAGUGGUUCUCGCACUCGCUCAGUAGAGGAAGAGAAUAUAGCAGAGGCAUCUCCUCCACCGAGAAACCUUCUAGUACAAUACUUCGGCAAUCUCGGUAUCGCGGUGGACUCUGAUAGCGAGAAAGAGGUUGCUGAUGAUGAAGAGGAAGAAGAAGAGGAAGAGGAAAAAUAUCAAGAUUUGGACGAAGAACUUCAGGAGCAGCGAGAGCUAACCACGAAGGUGUCCGCCGCUCUGUCCACGGAAAAGUCGACGUCUCCGACCAAACCUGCAGAGGAUGCUUGCGACUCAGUCACUGAGUACGAAUCCGAUGAAGCUGAGGAAUUUCAUGUGGACCACGGGGAACAGCAACCACCAGGCAUUACUCAAUCCAGCAGCACCAGACUGUCGACAGCGAAGAACCCACCCGCAGCCCUCACCGACGACUCCAUCACUGAGCCCGAGUCGGAUGAGUUCGACUGGCUGCACGAAGAAAGUCUGCCCGCCGCGUCCGUUUCGGUGCCCAGCUCCUCGUCUGGAUCGAAGGCGCCCAUUGUGGUCAAGAAGACAACAUCCUCCCUCACGCAUGCGAAACAAGCAGAUGACUCAGGAUCUGAUACGGAGCCCGAGUAUGAAGUUGACCCUUACGUAGAAGAGUUCACUCAGCCGAAGCCGCUCUUCCAAUUGAAGCCCGGGCAGCAAGUGACUGGCCCUCUCGUCCUGGACAGGGAACACAAAGUCCCAGAACGCAUCAACACGUUCUUGCGUGAGUACCAGCGCGAUGGGAUUAGAUUCUUUUGGAAGAAGUACAUGGAGGGUAGGGGCGGACUGCUGGGAGAUGACAUGGGGCUAGGGAAGACGAUCCAGGUGAUUUCGUUUCUUUCCGCCAUAAUGCAGAAGCGCGGAGAGACCCUCGACAUAGAUCGGCGACGAAACCAUGUCUCUAAGCUUCAAGACAGCUCAGAUUGGAAGAAGCGUCGGAAGUUACCCGCAGCAAAUGCAACGUGGCCGACGUGCCUCAUCAUCGCGCCGAGCAGCGUAGUCGGAAAUUGGGAGCGCGAGUUCAAGACGUGGGGAUAUUUCGAGAUCGGGAUGUAUAUAGGUCCCCCUGCGGCUCGCGCUGAAGCUCUAAACGACUUCAAAUUGGGUCGCCUCGAUGUUCUCGUGACGUCUUUCGACGUUGCAAGGAUGGACAUUGAUCUGAUAGAUGAGCUCCCUUGGUCAUGCAUCUUCAUCGAUGAAGUACACCGUGUGAAGAAUCCCAGGUCGAAGCUCGCCUCUGCCUUCAGUAGGUUUACGUGCAAACGCAGGUACGGAUUGAGUGGCACUGUGAUACAGAACGGCUAUGAAGAGCUGUGGACUGUUCUGAACUGGACAAACCCGGGUGCAGUCGGAACUCGGAAGCAGUGGGAGAGCUACGUCGAGAAGCCGCUGCGCUUAGGACAGAGCAAGUCAGCCUCUGACGAGGAACAUGUCAAGGCGGCCCUCGUUGCCAAGGUGCUUACAGAGAAGCUGCUACCGCAGCUAUUUCUUCGACGGACGAAGCAAAUCAUUCAGGACCAACUCCCACGCAAGACGGACCAAGUAGUCUUCUGUCCAUUGACCCCUACACAGGUCGCCAUUUAUAAGCGAAUCAUCAACCUUGACGCAGUCAAGUCUCUCAUCUACAAGGAUGCACUAUGCACAUGCGGGUCGCGAAAACCGAGGAAGAAAUGUUGUCAUCCAGUCCAUCAGGGGGAUUUAUUCAAGUACAUGUCGACGUUGAUCAAGAUUUCAAACCAUCUCGCAUUGAUCCUGCCUUCUCCAACGGAUACGAUUGAACAGACUGCGCGGAACAGGGAACUCGCUCGCAUGGCGUUCUCUCCGGGUCCUAUUCCCAAGUACGGUCCUGCAAUGCUCAAGCCGGACUAUUGUGGAAAGUGGCAGGUCCUGGAGACCCUGUUGAAAGACUGGAAGAAGGACUCGAACAAAGUCCUCAUCUUUACGAAAUCUGUCAAGCUCCUCGAAAUGUUGGAGUUCCAUCUCAACGCUGAAGGUCAUGGCUUCGUCAAGCUCGAUGGUUCCACGAAGCAGUCCGAACGAAUGCCUGUCAUCGAUAGGUUCCAAGAGGACCCCAACAUCUUCAUCUUCUUGAUCUCGACGAUGGCUGGGGGAACAGGUCUCAACCUCACGGCGGCAAACAAGGUGGUCAUCUUCGACCCGAAUUGGAAUCCAGCGCACGACUUGCAAGCCAUGGACCGAGCGUAUCGUUUCGGGCAGACGCGGGACGUAUCCGUAUACCGUUUGCUUGGUGCUGGUUCGAUCGAGGAAUUGAUUUACGCCCGUCAAGUCUACAAGCAGCAGCAAAUGCAAGUCGGGUACAACGCAAGCCUACAGACACGAUACUUCGAGGGCGUGCAGGGUGACAAGAACAAGCAGGGUGAGCUGUUCGGGAUCAAGAACAUCUUCAAGCUACACGAGUCUACCUUAGCGACAAAGAUGGCGAUUGAGCGCGCGAACAUCAGCGAUCUUGACUGGGCAUUUGCUUAUAUGGGCGGACGCGGAGGCGCGAAGCGUCCGAAGGCAAAGCAUGAUGGUGUCAAGUGGGUAUACGAAGAGGAAGCGAAGACGGGGAAGGAAUAUGACGAAUUCCGUGGUCUCGGCGCUUUGUUGUUUGACGAUGCCGCACCCGAGAUGACAAAUGAACCGAAUGAUGUUGAGAAAACUCUUAAUUCCCUCGGCGUUCAGUAUACCCAUCGUAACGACGCUCUCAUCGCGGAGAGCACUAUCGAGGGCCAGCGAGUGCAGAAGCUCAUCGAAGAGAAGAAGAAAGCUGCGAAGAAGGCGAAGUUGCGACAGAAAUCUGGUAGAGACAAAUCACCCGAGCCGGAGUGGCCUCCUCGACGUAGACAUCACAAACCACCGCCUAGUCCUGCUUCGAAGCUUCAAACUCGACAGAGAGCAUUGAUCGAACAAGGUCUCCUGCAGGGUCCGGAGGACCUGCCUAAGUUCGCUCAAGAAUUCGCACAGAAGUCACUACAAGAGCAGAACGAAUUUCUCGCACAAUUGGACGCGUACGCAAAGGCUCACUUCAAGUAGGCUUCGUCCUCCUCUCCCUUGCAUGUAUCCAUGUACGAGAAACGGAAGGAUAUUGUAGU